AUGCCUGAGUCUACUAACUUGAGGCUACGUCUGCCGCUGUUAUGCAUCAUCUUGGAAGUCAUUCUCAUCAUCCUCUUUGGGACGCUGGUGGAGUAUAAUCACGACACUGAUGCCAAGCUGUGGAAUAAAGGCAUAAACCAAAAUGCUACAAGACACGAUUAUGAGAAUGAGUUCUACUAUCGUUAUCCCAGUUUCCAGGAUGUUCAUGUCAUGAUCUUCGUGGGCUUCGGAUUCCUAAUGACAUUUCUGCAGCGUUAUGGGUUCAGUAGUGUCGGCUUUAACUUCCUCAUCGCAGCCUUUUCCCUACAGUGGGCCACACUUAUGCAGGGAUUUGUCCACGGCCUGCACCAUGGCAAGAUCCAUGUUGGUGUGACUAGCAUGAUAAAUGCAGACUUCUGCACUGGUUCUGUGCUGAUCUCAUUUGGCGCCGUUUUGGGGAAGACCAGUCCUGUGCAGCUGCUUGUAAUGGCCAUUUUUGAGGUGACAUUGUUCGCCGUCAAUGAGUUCAUCCUGCUUUCUGUCCUUGGGGCCAAUGAUGCUGGAGGAUCCAUGACCAUUCAUACAUUUGGUGCAUACUUCGGCCUAAUGGUGACCCGUGUCCUGUACAGGCCAAACCUGGACAAGAGCAAACAUAGAAACUCAUCGGUCUACCACUCUGAUCUCUUUGCUAUGAUCGGUACCAUCUAUCUGUGGAUGUUCUGGCCCAGCUUCAACUCAGCCAUUACAAAUUACGGCGACCCCCAGCACAGAACCGCCAUGAACACUUACUACUCUCUGGCAUCCUGCACACUGGCUACAUUUGCUUUCUCUGCCCUAGUCAGCCCAGAAGGCAAAUUGGACAUGGUGCACAUUCAGAAUGCCGCACUGGCUGGUGGUGUUGCUGUGGGAACAGCUGGAGAGAUGAUGCUGACCGCGUUUGGCUCUAUGAUUGUGGGAUUCCUAGCUGGAACUAUUUCAGUACUGGGAUACAAAUACCUCACGCCCAUUUUGGAAUCAAAACUGAAGAUCCAGGACACUUGUGGCAUUCAUAACCUGCAUGGAAUGCCAGGGGUUCUGGGAGCUGUGGUGGGUGCCAUCACCUCUGCCAUGGCAUCUAAAGAAGUGUAUGGAAAUGGAUUGCACAGAGUUUUCGCUGAUGCUACAGAUGAUAAAUGGGACCCUAAAUCUAGGGGUGGAUUUCAGGCUGUUUCCCUGGCUGUAACACUAGCAAUGGCUCUGCUAGGUGGUCUAGUUACAGGGUUCAUUCUGAAGCUGCCCAUCUACGGUAGUCCUCCAGAUACUCACUGCUUUGAGGAUGAACUCUACUGGGAGAUACCAGGGGAGGAGGAAGGUCAUAAUGAGCUUAAAGAAGUGGCCUCACCAAGUGAAGAAGAAAAACUCAGCAGCUAAAUUACCUGCGUUCACCAGUUUGCAUUGGUUCAUUACUGCAUUAACCUGCACAAGUCCCAUCACUUGUGAUCUUCGCUGCAGGUGUCAUUUAUUUUACUCAAACUAUUAAAAUAAAAUGGUAAACUUUGUUCCAUUAUUGUUAAUAUCAUUAUAUGUUAUUAUAAUUUUAUUUUCAAUGUUCAACUGAGUAAACAAAUCUGUGAUUCCUUAUAACACCGCUAGAUGGUGAUGCAGAGCUGUCAAUGGCUCAACAGAGGACAAGAUUAUUCUCAUGAUUAGCUUCUAGAAAUAUUUGUAAUUUAACUACAAAAUACAGUUAAUGCUUUCUCUUUAUUUUGAACAUUUUUGCAAGACCAAUGAUAAUCUGCUGUGGAAUGUAUGGGCAAAUAUUUUUUACCCCUAAAAUUUAAUAUGAAACAUAGUAAUUCUAAACAGCUGGAAUUUAAUAUAUAAAGCAUAAAACUCUCUGUGAUUUAGAGAUUUUCUAAAACGUUUCCUAUGAGCACACAUUCAAUGUGAGAAUUUUAUAUGGAUUAUUUGACUCACAGUUUAAAUGUAUAAAAGUAUAUAAAUACUGUGAAUUUGGGACAUUGAUGAACAUGUUUUAUUGACUUAGCCUACUACAUUUGGUGGAAAAAUAUUUGGAUUGAUAUAAGAUUUUAAAUGUAGCCUAUAUAGUUAUAGUCUUUAAGAAGAAAAAAAAAUAUUUACAACGAUUAUUUCUACCCGGCAUAACCUGUAUCUGUAUGGAGUGACAUUUAAAUAAAUUGGUAAGAUUUACAU